AUGGGGGAGGCUGAAAUUCCAUGUGUGGGGCUCAGCGAGGUGCGCAAGGGCCUGCUCAUCAACCAGCAGAGCGUCAAGUUGCGGGCCUACCGACCCAAGUCCGAGAAGAUCCCGGACAAGGCUGACAGCAUGCUUGUCUGGGAGAAAGAGGAGCUGAAGUCCAUGAAGAGAAAAAUGGAGAAAGACAUGGAAAAAUCAGAGACCUUGCUCAAGGCUCUGGCCUCCUGCCGGGACACUCUGAACUUCUACUGUCAGGAAAGGCUUCAAGCUGUGGAGCUCAUGAACCAGCCGCUGGACAAGGUUUUGGAGCAGGCUGGUCGCCACUCGUGGGUGGACAUCACCCGACCCCCAACUCCGCGAACUCAGGGCCAGAAAACGCCUCCCCCUGACCCCGUGGGCGCAUACACCCCAGCCUGCGCUAAGGCUUUGUAUGAAGCCAAGCGCUUGUUGAUGGAGUCCAAGGACACCUUAGCGGAGAUGGCAAAGAACGAGGUGGACAUUCAAAAUCAACAACAGCGGAUCAGCGACAGCGUAUGCGCCUACCUGGCACAAAAGAUGCGAGAGACCUUGGAGUUGAAGGAAAGAAUGACUAUGACUUUAGGGCUAAUGAGGGGAACUAUCCACCGGUGCAUGAAGUUCAAUCAAGAGAUGUAUGUCACCAGGGGUCUUAUCAAGGGUCCUCUGUUGAAAAGAGACCUGGAGGCUCGAGAGAAACUGAACAGACCCUUGGUUCGCAUGUAUCAGAAACACGUGGGCACCCAGCUUCCCGAAGCUACGCACCUUGCCCAGGGUACAGACAAGCUGACGCGCCACAACUUGCACAUGGAAAAGAAUUUAGAAGAGCUCCGUACAACACACGACAACCUCGCUUGGAGCCUCAAAUGCAAAAAGAUAGGACAUGACGUUGACUACGAUGUGGUGCGCCUGCGCCAGCGCCAGCGCCACCCGCAAGUGUGCUAUGGGCAGGCACAGUGCCUAUUCAACAACUGGGACCCUUUCAGUACCGGAAACGGUACUACCUUCAAGUGA